AUGGGGAUCGCGGUUAAGACAUGCUUAAUGAGCGUUAGACGACCUCCCGGUGAUAAUAACUUGCAUUGCCAACCAACAAAGUGGGAACUAUGGCUUGGCUUUUGCAAAGCACGAAGAACAUUUCGUUCAGAGUCACCCAACAAUCCUGGUGAACGUAGUCGAUUGUGGUGUCCUUAUGAUAUCCAUGAUGUGCUUAUAGGGGAAAAGGUUACAAGAAAGAUUGAGGUGAUUGUAUUCAACUACUCUCCUAUGAAAAAUGUGAAGUACAAUACAAAAGCAUUUAAGAACAUGGAGAAUUUAAGAGUUCUUGAAAUUGAUGAAGUCCAUCUUGAUGGAAAAUUCAAACAUCUAUCCAGUUCCAAGGUGCUUAUAUGUUUGCAAUGGAACCACUGCCCUUUGAAAUAUAUCAAUAUUCCAUCAAGUGGUUUUUUUGAGAAGCUUGUAAGUCUGAAAAUGGGAUAUAGCAACAUCAAAGAAUUUAAAGCCCCUCUAAAGAGGGUUAAUGUGCACUCAUCGCACGAAGAUAGUUCUUUGAGAUCUAAAAACUGCAAAUUGUCUUGUGAAUAA